GGUGCACAGGUCUCCUGGGCAGUGCCAGCGAAGAGCGUAAAUCGGCGCUCGCUCCCACACCGUCCUAUAAUGCUCUGCCUUCUCUCUUUAUCCUAGUCGGCACGGCACAGAUUAACAACGAUUAUUUUCUCAGCAAUCUUUGGAUCGAAAUUGCGUCGUAACAACGAGGGAUGCUUGCAGAGCACAGGGAGAACAGUAGGGCUGGCUUCGGCCUCAAGAAGCCUCUAAAGAUGAAUAUGGUGAAAAGGAUCAUGGGGAGGCCGCGGCAGGAGGAGUGCAACCCACAGGACAACGCGCUGGGACUCAUGCACCUGCGCCGUCUCUUCUCCGAGCUCUGCCACCCGCCGCGCCAUAUGACACAAAAAGAGCAGGAGGAGAAGCUCUACAUGAUGCUGCCUGUUUUCAACCGGGUGUUUGGGAACGCUCCACCGAACACGAUGAAUGAGAAGUUUUCAGACCUGCUGCAGUUCUUCUAGGCGAAAGCAAAAGCACUUUAUUUGGCCUUCCGAAAUGAUUCUGUUUGUGUGUGUACUCCUCCCACAGAGGCGGCCAGCAGAGCCAUUGUGCAGUUUCUGGAGGUAAAUCAGAGCGAGGAGGCGAGCCGGGGCUGGAUGCUCCUGACCACCAUCAACCUGCUGGCCUCCUCGGGACAGAAAACAGUGGACUGUAUGACCACCAUGUCGGUGCCCUCUACUCUGGUGAAAUGUCUAUAUUUGUUUUUUGACCUGCCCCACAUGCCCGAGGUUCCUGCUGCCACCCAGCCUGAGCUUCCUCUGGCGGACCGCAGAGCUCUUCUACAGAAAGUCUUUGUCCAGAUCUUGGUGAAGCUGUGCAGUUUUGUGUCUCCGGCAGAAGAGCUGGCCCAGAAGGAUGAUCUACAGCUGCUCUUCAGUGCCAUCACCUCCUGGUGUCCCCCCCACAACCUUCCCUGGAGGAAGAGCGCUGGAGAAGUGCUUACCACCAUCUCCCGACACGGCCUCAGCGUCAACGUCGUCAAGUACAUCCACGAAAAAGAGUGCUUGUCAACGUGCAUCCAGAACAUGCAGCAGUCAGAUGACCUCUCUCCUCUGGAGAUUGUGGAGAUGUUUGCCGGGCUCUCCUGUUUUCUGAAGGAUUCGAGUGAUGUCUCUCAGACUCUCCUGGAUGACUUCCGCAUGUGUCAGGGCUACACGUUCCUCGUAGAUCUUAUGAUCAGGUUGGAGCAGGCCAAAGAGGAGGAAUCCAAAGAUGCUCUAAAGGACCUGGUGAACCUGGUGACCGCUCUGACCACAUAUGGUGUCAGUGAGCUGAAGCCAGCUGGUCUCACCACUGGAGCACCCUUCCUGCUUCCAGGUUUUGUGGUUCCACAGCCUUCUGGAAAAGGCCACACGGUCAGAAACAUCCAGGCUUUCUCUGUGCUUCAGAAUGCCUUCUUGAAGGCCAAGAGCGGUCGAUUAGCACGUAUGAUCCUUGAAGCCAUUGCCAACAUCUACGCCGCAGACUAUGCCAACUAUUUCAUCUUAGAGGCGCAGCAUGCGCUAUCGCAGUUUGCAGACAGGGUAGCAAAACUACCGGAGGUGCAGUCCAAGUACUUCGAGGUACUGGAGUUUGUCGUCUUCGGACUUAAUUACGUACCAUGCAAAGAGCUUUUUAGCGUUAGCGUGCUAUUAAAGUCGAGCACCUCUUACGGAUGCAGCAUCACAGCCACCCGCACUCUUCUCAAACUCGGGCGCCACCACCCUGUCUUCAGUGAUGUCUUCCGUGAAGUUGGACUGCUGGAAGUGCUAGUUAACCUGCUCCACAAAUAUGCAGCGCUGCUGAAAGACCCAAUGCAAGCCCAUGGCGAGCAGGGUGAUGCCAAGAACAAUGUGGCUGAAGAGCAAAAACAGCUUGCCUGGCUUGUCAUGGAGACACUCACAGUCCUCUUGCAAGGCUCGAACACCAAUGCAGGAUUGUUCCGUGAGUUUGGCGGAGCCCGGUGUGUGCACAACAUUGUGAAGUACCGUCAGUGUCGUGAGCACGCUCUGAUGAUCAUUCAACAGCUGGUGCUGUCGCCAUCUGGAGAUGAUGACAUGGGUACUCUGCUCGGCCUUAUGCACUCUGCACCAUCAACAGAACUACAGCUCAAAACUGACAUUCUGCGGGCUUUGCUAGCGGUGCUGCGCGAGAGCCACCGCACACGCACCGUCUUCCGCAAGGUGGGCGGCUUUGUGUACAGCAUGACUUUGUCCAUGGAGGGUUUUGGGCCGGAUAGCGUGUUCACAAUUAAUGAGGACAACAGCCAGUACCGGAUCAGUCGAAGUCUGGUGCGAUCGGCUGAGGGCAGCACUGUGCCCCUCACCCGAGUCAAGUGCCUGGUCUCCAUGACGACGCCCCAUGACAUCCGUCUCCAUGGAUCCUCCGUCACGCCCGCCUUCGUGGAGUUUGACACGUCAUUAGAGGGAUUCGGAUGUUUGUUUUUGCCCAGUUUGGCCCCUCACAACGCACCGUUCAGUAAUGCCAACACAUCUGGAGUCAGUGACGGGGCGGUGGUCAGCGGCAUGGGAAACGGUGAGCGUUUCUUUCCACCCCCAUCUGGCCUGAGUUACUCAACGUGGUUUUGCGUUGAGCGUUUCAGCACACCACCCCAAAGCCCCCCUGUGCGUCUGCUCACGGUGGUGCGAAGGGCCACCUCGUCUGAGCAGCACUACGUGUGCCUGGCCAUCGUGCUCUCUGCUAAAGACCGGUCUCUCAUUGUGUCCACUAAGGAAGAGCUACUUCAGACCUAUGUGGAUGACUUCAGUGAGGAGUCCUCCUUCUAUGAGAUUCUUCCCUGCUGUGCUCGCUUCCGCUGCGCUGACCUCAUCACUGAGGGACAGUGGCACCACCUGGUGUUAGUUAUGAGCAAGGGAAUGCUGAAGAACAGCAUGGCGACUCUCUACAUCGAUGGCCAGAUGGUCAGCACGGUCAAGCUGCACUAUGUUCACAAUGCUCCCGGCGGCUCUGCAUCCGCAAACCCACCUGUGGUGAGCACGGUGUACAGCUACAUCGGUACGCCACCGGCCCAGCGCCAGCUCUCCGCUCUGGUCUGGCGACUGGGGCCCACUCACUUUCUGGAGGAGGUGCUGCCUGCUGCCAGUGUGGCUGCCAUCUAUGAACUGGGACCCAAUUAUGUAGGCAGUUUCCAAGCUGUUUACCUGCCAUGCAAAGACUCAAAGACUGAGGCUGUGCCGCCAUGUCCUGUUGCAUUGGUCCCUGAAGAGAAGGUCUCCUUUAGUCUCUUUGCUCACUCUGCAUCUACUCUCACUGUGGCCAAGUUACGAAAGGUCUACAACAAACUGGACAGCAAAACCAUUGCCAAACAGCUGGGGGUUUCCUCUCAUGAAAGUGCCACACCAGUCAAGCUCGUCCAUAAUGCAGUGGGCCAUCUCAACGGGUCGGCCAGGACCAUUGGAGCUGCAGUCAUCGGUUACCUGGGUGUGCGCGCCUUCGUGACCAAACCAGUGGCCACCAACCUCCAGUACAUCGGAGGAGCAGCUGCCAUUCUGGGCCUGGUUGCCAUGGCGUCAGACGUGGAGGGUCUCUAUGCUGCAGUAAAAGCGUUAGUGUGUGUUGUGAAGAGCAACCCGCUAGCUAGCAAGGAGAUGGAACGCAUCAAAGGAUACCAGCUGUUGGCCAUGCUGCUGAAGAAGAAGCGCCCUCUGUUGAACAGCCAUAUUCUUCACUUGACCUUCUCUCUUGUCGGAACUGUCGAUAGUGGCCACGAGACCUCAAUCAUCCCGAACUCCACAGCUUUCCAGGACCUGCUGUGUGAUUUUGAGGUUUGGCUUCAUGCUCCCUAUGAGCUGCACCUCUCUCUCUUCGAGCACUUCAUUGAACUUCUGACUGAAUCCAGUGAAGCUGCUAAGAAUGCCAAACUGUUGCGGGAGUUUCAGUUGAUCCCCAAACUGCUGCUGACUCUGAGGGAUCAGUCUCUGUCUCAGCCCACCAUCGCUGCCAUCGGCAAUGUCCUCAGUCUCCUGCUUCAAGGCUUCCCCAACUCAUAUGACCUACUAAGGUUUGGGCAGUUCAUCUCUUCAACAUUGCCAACAUUUGCAGUCUGUGAGAAGUUUGUCAUUAUGGAGAACACCAAUGAGGAGAAGAUCGACCGGGGAGCUGAUGAUGAGUUUGGAGGCCUCUUGUCAUCCAACUUGAUUCUUCUGCGGAACAGACUACUGGAUAUCCUGCUCAAACUGCUCUUCAGCUGCAAAGAGAAGAACAUUGUUAAUGCACAGGCUUGUGAAGAGCUUGUGCGCACUUUGGGUUUUGAUUGGUUGCUGAUGUUUAUGGAAGAACACAUUCACUCCAGCACAGUGACGGCUGCUCUCUUAAUCUUGGUGGUGUUGAUGAGUAACCAAUCCAUCCUGAGCCGGUUUAAAGAGGGCCUGUCGGGAGGAGGCUGGCUGGACCACACAGACUCUGUGCUCACUAAUAAGAUUGGCACUGUUCUGGGUUUUAAUGUGGGCCGCAGCGCAGGGGGCAGGUCAACGGUGCGUGAAAUCAACCGAGAUGCCUGCCAUUUCCCAGGAUUCCCUGUGUUGCAAACUCUACUGCCCAAACACACCAACGUUCCAGAGAUCUACUUCAUGCUCAUGGCCCUUUUCCUCCAGCAACCAAUCACAGAGCUGCCUGACAGCCUGCAGGUACAUUUUGACCUGGACUCUAUCUGGACGUUUAUAUUUGGCGUCCCAGCCUCCAGUGCUACAGUGGUGGGCUCCAUUCACAACAUGUGCACUGAAGCAGCGUUCCUGCUCCUGGCCAUGCUGCGCAGCAUGCUCAACCUGCCUUGGCAAUCAGAGGAAGAGGGUUCCUGGCUGAGAGAAUAUCCCAUCACUCUCAUGCAGUUUUUCCGUUACCUCUAUCACAACAUCCCAGAUCUGGCACCCAUGUGGCACAGCCCGGACUUCCUGUGUACACUUGCUGCUACAGUUUUCCCCUUCAAUAUACGGCCCUACUCUGAAAUGGUGAGUGAUUUGGAUGAUGAAGCAAGCUCUCCCACAGAAGAGUUCAAAGCCUUUGUGACGGAUACAGGCAUGAACCGCAGCCAGUCAGAAUACUGUAAUGUAGGCAAUAAAACCUACCUGACCAACCACCCAGCCAAGAAGUACGUCUUUGACUUCAUGAGGGUCCUCAUCAUGGACAACCUGUGCAUGACACCUGCCAGCAAACAGACCCCCAUCAUUGAUCUUCUGCUAGAGGCCGCACCAGAGCGCUCCACCAGAACCCAGCAGAAGGAGUUUCAGUCCUACAUCCUGGACAGUGUGAUGGAGCAGCUUCUGGCAGCAGAUGUUCUGUUGGGUGAGGAGGCAUCAUUGCCAAUAACGACAGGAGGAAGUUACCAGAUCCUGGUCAACAAUGUUUUCUACUUCACCCAGCGUGUGGUGGAUAAGCUGUGGCAGGGCAUGUUCAACAAAGAGUCCAAGCUUGUGGUGGAAUUCAUAGUUCAGCUGAUCACCCAGUCCAAACGGCGAUCACAGGGUUUGUCUCUGGACUCAAUCUACCAUUGUCUGAACCGAACAAUCCUCUACCAGCUCUCACGACCACACAAAACGGUCCCACAACAGGUCACCCUGCUGGAUUCACUGCGUGUGCUGACAGUAAACCGAAACCUCGUGCUGGGACCCGGCAACCAUGACCAGGAGUUUGUGGCUUGUCUGGCCCACUGCUUGAUCAACCUGCACACGGGGAGUAGUGUGGAGGGCUUUGGUUUGGAGGCAGAGGCCAGAAUGACCACCUGGCAUGUCGCGGUUCCUUCUGAGAACGAGUCGGACAAUGUCCAGAGCCAGGAUGUUAGCGAAGGUCGUCAAUUGCUGCUCAAGGCGGUGAAUCGCGUGUGGACGGAACUCAUGCACAGUAAGCGGCAAAUGCUGGAGGACAUUUUUAAAGUGUCUCUACCCGUCAAUGACCGAGGACAUGUGGACAUUGCCACUGCUCGACCUGCUUUAGAGGAACCUGCUGCUAAAAGCUGGCAGAACCACCUGGUCCAUGAGAAGAAAUGCAUCAGCAGGGGCGAGACCGUUGCCCCAGCGAAUCAGUCCAAACUGUCUCGAGUCAGCAGUAACUUUGGUCUGUCCAAACUGACCGGCUCCCGUCGCAGCAAAAAGGAAAGUGGAAUGAACAAGAACAAUCUUUCUGCACAGGAAACCUUUCAGUGGAUGUUCACGCACAUUGCUGUGGUCCGAGACUUGGUAGCAAUGCAGUACAAGGAACAUCAAGAGAGGCAGCAGAAUGCACUGAAGUAUGUGAUGGAUGAGUGGGCAGGGAUUGAAUAUGAGCUGCUUCGGGAAAGGGGCCUCUGGGGGCCUCCUAUUGGCUCCCACCUGGACAAGUUUCAGUUGGACAUGACCGAGGGACCCUGUAGAAUGAGGAAGAAGAUGGUUCGGAAUGACAUGUUUUACAUUCAUUAUCCCUACGUGCCUGAUCCUGAGCCCAACGCAAGCACUCAGAAUCAAUCUCAGGUGCCAUUAAUGGGUGCAGUGGUUAACAUACCAGUCCAGAAACCAGUGCGCUACAGACGAGCGAUAAGCUAUGACAGUAAGGAGUAUUACAUGCGGCUGCUGUCAGGGAACCCGGGGAUGUACCAGCACUCCAUAGAGCAGAACACGGAGGGAGAGACCACACAGCAGGAGCCUGAACAUGGAGAGGACACCAUCGCAAGGGUCAAAGGUUUGGUUAAAGCUCCUUUAAAGCGGUCCCGCUCUACAGCGGAUGGAGCUGAUGAGGACAGUCAAGACCAGCUGCAGGAGUUGCUGGAGUCAGGAGCUAUGGACGAGGAGCAGAAAACUGACAACACCACACUGCUCCGCCUGCUGGAGGAGGGGGAGAAGAUCCAGCACAUGUACCGCUGUGCUCGAGUUCAGGGUCUGGACACCAGUGAAGGGCUGCUCUUAUUCGGGAAAGAACAUUUCUAUGUGAUCGACGGCUUCACCAUGACGGUCACCAGAGAGAUUAGAGACAUUGAGACACUCCCUGCAAAUAUGCAUGAGCCUAUCAUCCCCCGAGGGGCUCGGCAGAGCAAGAGUCAGCUGAAACGAACCUGCAGCAUCUUUGCUUACGAAGACAUCAGAGAGGUGCACAAACGUCGCUAUCUGCUUCAGCCCAUGGCAGUAGAAGUGUUUUCUGGAGAUGGAAGAAAUUAUCUGUUGGCUUUCCAAAAAGGAGUCCGGAACAAAGUGUAUCAAAGGUUCCUGGCAGUUGUUCCCUCACUAGCCGACAGCUCCGAAUCUGUCUCUGGGCAACGUCCCAACACCAGUGUGGAACAAGGGUCAGGUCUUCUCAGUACGCUGGUCGGCGAGAAGUCAGUGACCCAAAGAUGGGAGAGAGGAGAAAUCAGUAAUUUCCAAUAUCUGAUGCAUCUCAACACACUGGCUGGCAGGUCAUAUAAUGACCUGAUGCAGUAUCCUGUCUUUCCAUGGAUCCUGGCAGACUUUGACUCUGAGGAACUGGACCUCAACAAUCCAAAGACAUUCCGAAACUUAUCCAAACCCAUGGGAGCUCAGACAGAUGAUAGACUGAUCCAGUACAAGAAAAGAUUCAAAGACUGGGAGGAUCCUACUGGCGAGACUCCAGCGUAUCAUUACGGCACUCAUUAUUCCUCUGCAAUGAUCGUGGCCUCAUAUCUGGUCAGAAUGGAGCCGUUCACACAGAUCUUUCUCAGGCUUCAGGGAGGACAUUUUGAUCUAGCUGACCGAAUGUUUCACAGUGUACGAGAGGCUUGGCUCUCUGCUUCCAAACACAACAUGGCUGAUGUGAAGGAACUCAUUCCUGAAUUCUUCUACCUUCCCGAGUUCCUACUUAAUUCCAACAACUUCGAUCUUGGGAGUAAACAGAAUGGCACCAAGCUUGGAGAUGUGAUUCUGCCUCCGUGGGCAAAAGGAGACCCGAGAGAGUUCAUCAGGGUUCACAGAGAGGCUUUGGAGUGUGACUAUGUCAGCGCCCAUCUGCAUGAAUGGAUCGACCUAAUAUUUGGAUACAAGCAGCAGGGUCCUCCAGCGGUGGAAGCAGUCAAUGUCUUCCACCAUCUCUUCUAUGAGGGUCAGGUGGACAUCUACAACAUUAAUGACCCACUUAAAGAAACAGCUACCAUUGGAUUCAUCAACAACUUUGGCCAGAUCCCAAAACAGCUGUUCAAGAAGCCCCAUCCUCCAAAGCGGGUGCGCAGUAAGUCAAACGGAGAGGUACCUGGUGUACCUGUUACACUCAACUCCAGCUUAGACAAGUUCUUCUUCCAUCACCUGGACAACUUGCGGCCCUCUCUCACCCCUGUCAAAGAGCUGAAGGAGCCAGUGGGUCAGAUAGUGUGCACUGACAAGGGCAUUCUGGCUGUUGAGCAGAACAAGGUGUUGGUUCCUCCUGCCUGGAAUAAAACCUUCGCCUGGGGCUAUGCAGACCUCAGCUGCCGCCUCUCCAACUAUGAGUCUGACAAGGCGGUUGUAGUAUAUGAGUGCCUGUCUGAGUGGGGGCAGAUCCUGUGUGCUAUCUGCCCCAAUCCCAAACUGGUUAUCACUGGUGGAUUAAGCACCGCUAUCUGUGUGUGGGAGACCGGGACUUCCAAAGAGAAAGCCAAGACCAUCACACUCAAACAGGCUCUUCUGGGCCACACAGAUGCUGUUACAUGUCUCACAGCGUCAUCAGCUUACCACAUCAUUGUGAGUGGCUCUCGAGACCGUACGUGCAUCAUUUGGGACCUGAAUAAGCUGUCUUUCGUCACCCAGCUGAGGGGCCAUCGGGCUCCCGUCUCCGCACUCUGCAUCAACGAACUUACUGGUGAUAUAGUGUCCUGUGCUGGCACUUACAUCCAUGCGUGGAGCAUCAAUGGAAGCCCCAUCGCCAGCGCCAACACUUUCACCGGCCGCAGCCAACAAAUCCUCUGCUGCUGCAUCUCAGAGAUGAAUGAGUGGGACACACAGAAUGUUAUCGUUACGGGACACUCCGACGGUGUUGUCAGGUUCUGGAGAAUUGAGUUCCUCCAAGUCCCAGAAACCCCUGCUCCAGAGCCUGUAGAGCCCCCCGAUGUGCCAGACUGCUGUGGAGAGAUUGAGGGCCGUGAUGCUCCAGAGGAUGACAGCAGUGAGUCUGAAGGAGAGGAAGCCAAUCUCAGUCAGGACUCUAAACCUCGGACCUCAAACAGCCAGCCCAGCAGUACCGUCCACAGACCCAAACCUCGCACCGGAGCCUCCUGGUCGGUGGACAGUGGCUCUGACGACUCCCGCCGCUGGUCGGACACACUCAGUAUUGACGAGAAAGACGGCUUUGUUUUUGUAAACUACUCAGAGGGCCAGAUUAGACCGGGAAUUCCCUCGCAGCCACAUUUACAACCGCACUCAGCAACCUCACAUGGGCCAGUACCACAGCCUCUUCAGCCCAGUACUAUGGAGGCUCGGUCGUACAACAAGCUCAAACCAGGCUACAGAUGGGAGAGACAGCUGGUGUUCCGGAGCAAACUCACCAUGCACACAGCGUUUGACCGCAAGGACAACGCUCAUCCUGCGGAAAUCACCUCACUUGCCAUUUCAAAAGACCACAGUAAGAUCCUGGUAGGCGACAGCCGUGGCCGCGUGUUCAGCUGGUCUGUCAGUGAUCAGCCCGGACGCUCAACCGCAGACCACUGGGUGAAGGACGAGCAGGUGGACAGCUGCUCUGGAUGCGCUGUGCGUUUCUCUCUCACUGAAAGGCGCCACCACUGCAGAAACUGUGGCCAGGUCUUCUGCCAGAAGUGUAGUCGCUUCCAGUCAGAGAUCAAGCGGCUGAAAAUCUCCUCUCCUGUGCGUGUGUGUCAGAACUGUUACUACAACCUGCAGCAUGAGCGGGGCUCUGAGGAAAGCCCGAAAAACUAGAUCACCCUCACCCCACAUCACAUGCCCAAAAGCCACACCACCAACCACCCUCAAAAACCCCAUUUCACUGCUCCCCACGCAAAAUCUCAUUGGUAAAGCACUGACGUAGACCAAAAUAGGAUCACUAAAGCUCAUAAUUUCAUAUAUCGCAGAAGUGUGACCAUUAAAAGGAGACGAUUGUUAGUUUACGUUUCCAUUCAUGCGUUUUCUUUUGCAGUAUGGUCUGUCAUCUCAUUGGCAUCAUCCACAAAGUCGGCGUUACGUUUAGAUUUUAGACAAAGCAAUGCAUAUAAAACGCUUCCUGAUGAAACGAGAUGACAUUUGUUUAUAUUGUAAAUACUUACAAUGGCAUUUUUAACUAGAAACAGUAAAAACAAAAAGUCAUUAUUAAGAGAUAAAAGAAGAAAUCAAAACACGACACAUUGCUUGUAAUAUAGUAUUACAGUAUGUUAAAAAUCACUCCUGGCUUUAAAAGAACAAAAAUGCGAGUGUGUGUGUAGUCGAUGUCACAAGUCACAGCCUCCCAGCGGGAAUAAUAUUGGGGACUAUGAAUGUUGAUAAAUGUUUGUGGAUUGACGUUACUAGCUUGUCUAGUUAUGCAAAUGCUUAAUUAUGUUUAUUUUAUAUGUUCUGUUGAAGUGUUGCCCACAGCAUCAGCCAGUUGCCAUAGACGACUUUUUCCGUUUAUAUUUUGUUGCCAACCUGCCUUGAUAUGUAACUACUAUAUAUUUUAACAGUCGUGUAGGUCAAUGAAAGUAUGUCAAUGUUGAAUUUAGAUUAAAGACCACUUUAAAUCUUUUUUAAAUGACAGGAUCCAUUCAACCUUUAAAUGAUUCCACCAAAUUUCUAUUAUGCGCUUCAAAGACAGAAAUGUUUCAAGUCAAUUGAAAGACUGUAUUAUGAAACAUGUUUCUGAAGUGUCAGAGUUCCUGCUUAGUUUAUAUUGGAUGUUUUGAAUCUGUACAUUUUGCAUUAGUGUGGGACUUCUCUGACUGUCCUUAAUGUGAUACUUCAUUUGUUAUUAGCUCAUAUGAAUUAGACAACUUAAAUGUUACUCUGACACUAGCUUUAACAUUUUUUGUUUUUAGUAAAAGCAUACAUUUCUUAUUCUUAAAACCUCACCAUUUUUAACCAUUUGCGAUGUUGCACCAGUGUGAAUGUCGGUAGAUUAUGAAAGCAAUAGUUAGUGAUGUUUUCACACAUUUCACAAAAGACUAGCUUGAACGUUAUUGUGUGUAAAGAAAAAGGGAUUUAACACUUUUAAUGGACUGGAAGCCUAGUUUCUCUUUACCUUAGACAAAACUAUGAAAGAAAGUUUGUUUUCAUCUUUUUUUUGAUACUGUGGGCAAUACCCUAUUAAAAAUGCUGCUUUGAUUAAUAGAGAGAAUUUCUUUCUCUUUCUUUCUUUAAAUGGUCUGACACAACUUUAAAAAGAUGAAAAAUGUGUUACCAUUGCAGUUGUUUUAUUCACUGUUGUAUGAUUUCCGUACAGCCUAAUAUGCACUCGUUAUAGUUGAAUUAUUCUAUAUUAAUGUACUGUAAUUCAGUGUGCAAUCAUAACAUCGUAAAGCUGUUGGGAUUUUGCUGUCGACAAGCAGCUCAAAGAUCAAAUGGCUAUAUCAAUCUGAAAUUCUUUUUGCACCUUGACAUGUAGACAAGACAAAGAAAUGGAGUAAUCACUGUUUUAUCAGAUGCAUUUUUAUGUUGUGCGCUAUACUUUUGAAAGGGUGCAUUACUUUACAGUGAGAUGUGAGACUGUACGAAGUAUUUAUGCAGUUAUAAGGUUUCCUUUUUUAUGAUUAUGAUUUUUUUUGGAAUUUUUCAGCAA